AUGGAGUACUCGGGGAAUUUGCGUCGUUGUCGACCUUUAGGUCCUAUAGAGCAGUACUCUGCCUUUCGCAGCCAUCUGGGCAUUUAUCUCAAUGUCUGCGUCACGGCCAUCUACCAGAGGGAAGACGAGAAACCCCUAAAGCCAGCAUUGUUUCGUGCCCUUGCGGCAGUAAUUGGAAAGCAUCCGAUCCUCUCGGCUGUUCCAGUGGAUAUCUCAACGGGACCUCGAUUCGCCCGUUUAGAUCAGAUCGAUCUAGACCAAGUGGCCAGCUUUUCUGAGGUCCAAGGAUGUACGGACAGCAAUUUCGCCCUGGAUCAGAUGCUGGAAGACCAGCACAACCGCCCUUUUCAGCAUCGCCCGCGGACCCCAUUCUGGAGGGUGCGCGUGUUGGAAAACCCGACCGAUCGUGCUCGGUUCAUUCUCUGUUUCUGUUUUCAUCAUGCGUUAGCGGACACAAAGAGUGCUCUUGUCUUUCACGAAGAUCUGGAACACGAAUUAUCCAAACCUGGAGACGGCGCGUUCGUUACCAUCGUCGCGGCAUCCCAAGCACCGCUAUUGCCCAAUAUAGAAGCCAUCCACAACCUGCCAGUCUCGCCAGAAUACCUUGCCAGCCAGCAGCAGGAUAGCCUCCGUAUCCCGGAGAAUUGGAGUGGGGCUCCGCAGAAACUGCCAGUUCGCACGAGGGUCGCCUCCAUGUGGAUCCCCUCGGCGACAUUAGCGGAAGUAAAGCAACAUUGCAAAGACCAAAAAACCACUGUAACGGCUUUGCUCAUGUCGUUGAUCGCAAGGUCGUUCUUUCAUGUCCUACCAGCAGAGUAUACCAGUAUACAAGGGGAUUCUGCCAUGUCCCUGCGCCACUUCUUACCCUUUCCGAUCACCAGUCAGUCCAUGGGCUGCUACGUCGGAACGUUCAGUGAGCAAUACAGAAGAACAUCGGAAUCAGUAUGGCAGGAUGCGAGACGGACAAAGAUGACUAUCGACCGGGCCGUUGGGACACAGGGUGCCGAUAUGCCCCUUGGGUAUCUAGGUCAUGUUCCGAACAUAGCUCAAUGGUUUCUUGACAAGAUCGGAAAACCGCGAGCCGCGGGGUUCGAACUGAGUAAUGUGGGAUUCCUGCAGAGUGAAAGGAGUUGUCAUCGAUAUGGCAUCCAAAGCUUGCUAUUCAGUCAAAGUGCCGGUGCUUGUUCAGCCGCCGUCAAGAUUAGUGCGGUGACGGGACGGGAUGGUAGGAUGGGGGUGGCAUUUUCGUGGCAAGAGGGUAUUGUGGCAGAUAACGCGGUGAACGAGGUGAUGCAGACGUUGGAGAGACUGGUGGAGGAGAUGGCGUCGAGGAAGGAUUAG